GUCGCGCUGGCGUCCCGCCCCUCCCAGAGGCAGGCACCUUGCGGGUGGAGGCUGAACUGGUACUCGUCCUAAAGCCCAGAAGCCGGCGUUGGUGCGAGGUCCCGAACCUGUCCAGGAGCUCCAGCCCGCGCCGGAACCCGAGUUGCAAAUCCCCUCGCCGCCGCCCGUCAUGAGCAGCCCCUUGCGGCCGGGCCCUAGCGUCUGGCGGCGGGCGGCCACUGUAGUGCUGGCUGCCGGCUGGACGCGCCCGGGCGCCGCAACGUCACGGUCCCCGCCACCCUCCGAAGGCUUCCGGCUGCUGCUGCUGCAGCGCUCCCAGAACCAAGGCUUUAUGCCCGGUGCGCACGUCUUCCCCGGCGGCGUGCUGGACGCGGCAGAUCGCUCCGCGGACUGGCUGCACCUCUUCUCCGCGUACCGAGGGCAGCCGCGCUUCGGCCUAGGCCCAGCGCCGCCAGCGAGAGCCUCUUUCCCGGUGCUGCCCGAAGCCGCCGACGGACAGGCCGGGGCGCUGCCAGAUGACGUCGCCAUGCGCAUCUGCGCCAUCCGCGAGGCCUUCGAGGAGGCGGGCGUGCUGCUGCUGCGGCCCAGGGGCUCCCUGUCUGUCCCCGAGCCCCAGGGGCCAGUCCGGGAGCCCGGCUGCGCCCUCGCCCCGCCUCAGGGCCUGGAAGCCUGGCGCGCGCGCGUCCGCCGCGACCCGCGCCACUUCCAGCGCCUGUGCGAGCACCUGGACUGCACUCCCGACAUCUGGGCGCUGCACGACUGGAACGUCUGGCUCACGCCGUUCAAGCGCGAUUUCAGUCGCCGCUUCGACACGGCAUUCUUCCUGUGCUGCCUGCGCGAGCCGCCGCCGGUCUAUCCCGACCAGGCGGAGGUGGUGGGCUGCCAGUGGUCAUCUCCAUCAGAGGCAACUAAAAGUUUCAUAUCAAAAGAAAUUUGGCUGGCACCCCCACAGUUCUAUGAAGUAAGAAGACUUGAAAACUUUGCCUCUCUGUCUGACUUGCAUAAAUUUUGUUUGGAUCGUGCCUUAGAAGGGACUGAACGGUGGCUGCCAAUUACUCUUUUAACUGCUGAUGGGAUGGUCCAGCUUUUACCUGGAGAUGAGCUAUAUUUAGAAGAUUCAGACUUUUUAGAAAAGUUUUUGUCUACUGAAAAAACGACUGAAGAAAUCAUGAAGGCAGGCAAGAAAUUUCACCGAAUAGUGGUACACGGUCACCAUCUUUAUGAUAUCCAUGUGACUAUUCAGUUAAAGCAUAAACAUGUUUAUCCUAAGAAUUAUGUAAUAAGUAAGAGUCAUUUGUAGGGAGCUGCUUCUUUGUAAACUAACCUGUUUCAGUCAUGGGAAUGAUUAACAAGAGUCAACUGAAUCUGUUUGUAAAUUAUAAAACUCAGUACCUGUGCAAGUAAUCACCCAGUGUUUCUUCUUUCAAGUGGGCUGUGGAGCUCUCUUGCUUAUUUUAUUCUUUUAACCAUAUUGUAUGUAGUGAGUAUAAAAUUGUUACCAAAAUGAGAAAAAAAUGUCACAAGGGGCCCCACUUCUAUAUUUUAUUAGCUCAAAGUUUCAGUAAGAUGUUUUCUUGCAGUUGUUCCAACCAUCCCACAUAUCAGUAUUUUUCCUGAUGUGCUUUGGAAGUUGAACUGUGAAUUUCUUAGAUUUUCUGCUGGAAUUAAUUUGAGAGUGUCUGGAUGGCAAACACUAGACCGAGUGAUAAUAUAUAAUUCAAGUGAUAAUUCCAUUGUUUUCUUGCUAUUGUUUUUAGCUUGAUUACUAAGAUCCAAUUCUAUUUAAAACCAAGUAGCAUUAGUUAUUAUGUUUUCCAAACUGAAAAUCUAUUUUAGUUAAUAUUUUAAAGAACUGAAGCAAUCAACUUUUAUGUUCUUAAGUGUUAGUUAAUGAAUACAAAGUUUAGAGAGAGAGUAUUAAAUUAGUUAACCUGGAUAGUUCUUUCACCUCCUUUAAAGAUGAAUAAUUUUUUUUUUUUUUUUGCUGAUUAAAGGUGGGAAAUAAUAGUUAACACCAAUUCUUACUAUCUUUGACUAUAUUAUGCAUUACACAAUGGAUUUAUUUCAUGAAAUUUCCUAGUUUUUCUACUAACAAAAUAAAGGCAAUGAUAAAUAGUUUAUGUAUAUCAUAUAAUCCUGAUUAGAAGAAUAUAUCUAGAGCAGUGGUUUUCUACCUGGGCACUUUUCCCUCAGGGCAACUGGCAGUCUAGACACAUUUCCAGUUGUCACAAAUGAGGAGAGAAUGCUACCACCAUCUAGUGGGGAGAGGCCAAGGAUGCAGUUAAAUAACUCGCCCACAACAAAGAGUUGUCUGGCCAAAGGUGACAAACAUUGAUCUAAAGUCAAUUCUAUUUGUCUCAGUAAAUGGUCCUGAUAGGUGAAUUGUGAGAACCACAGACACAGUUACCAUUCCAUCUUGCUUCUGAGUCUACUAAAACUCUCCUUAAUGACUUUUAGCCUUGGGUAUAGUUUUUCAUUUUCACAGAAUACUAGAAUGUUUCAGGGAAGGGACCAAAGGAACCUGUUUACACCGUUUUUGUGAAAACAGAAACAGACCCAUGGAGCUAAUUAGUGCCAUAGCCAAGAGAAUUUUACCCCUAACUCCCCUGCCCUUUUCACUGGAGUAGUGGUUGAUUGCAGAUGUCAUGAAAAAAAUACUGUGACUUUUUUUUUUUUUUUUUUCAUAGAAAAGAUACAGUUUAGGGCUGGGGAGAUAGCUCAGUUGGUAGAGUGCUUGACUUGAAAGCAUAAGGCCCUGGGUUCAAUCCCCAGCACCAAAAAAAAAAAAAAAAGGAAAAAGAAAAGAAUACAAUUUAACUCAGUGUUGUUAAUUGGAACGAAACUU